AUGUCUCUUGAUUUAGUUGUUUUGGGUCUUGAACUUUCUUUUCGACAAUUUAUUGAAAAUCUUAUAGUUAAUAUUCCAGAAUUUGAUGAUUUUGAUGAUUUUUUAAGUCCAUCAAAUAAUUUAAAUAUUAAUAGAAUUAAAGGAAAAAUAUUCGAGUAUUUUAUAUAUAAGAUUCUUAUAAAAAAUAGAAUUAUUGUAUGUAUAAACACAACCUUUAUCUCAUUUUCAAAAAAAAAGUAUUUUACAUUAUUGGAUGAUUGUGUUGAUAUUCAUGGUCGAUAUGAAUUGUUAAAUUUUUCGAUUCAAUGUAAAUUCAAGAAUCCAAAUUAUAAAAUUCCUGUAUCUGAAAUUCGUGAAUUUUUAAAUAUGGCCAAUCGAAGAAUUGAUGAUAGUCAACAUAUUGGAUUUUUUGUUUCAAAUGUUGGAUUAGGUGAUAAUGCUGAAAAUGAAUUAAACAGUUCAUCUCUUAAAGACAAAAUUUGUAUAUGUUUAUAUUAUGAAAUUGUUAAUAAGAUUAAAGAAUAUGCAAAAUUAUUAAAAAUUGAUCAAGAAGAAUUAAAAAAAAGUGAUCAAGAUAGAAAAAGAAAAUUCAUAGAAUUAAAACAAGAAAAUGAGAUUCUUAGAAUGGAAAAUAAAAAAAUUAAACAAGAAAAAUAUGAAGUUUAUGAAAAAUCGAUUGAAGAACUUGAGAAAAAAAUUGAAGAACAAAAUAAGAAAAUAAACAUAAAACUCGAAAAUCAAUCUCAAGAAUUUAAUAAAAAACUUGAUAUGAUCUUGAACAAAUUAAAUUAA